UCAGUUCUCACUCCUUCGAGAAAGAGCGGUUGCCUUUGCUUGACGCUUGUUGACUCACUGUAGUCUGUAGAUCACAGAAAACUCAAUAAAUCACAGGUCUUUGGAGGCAGCAGUAAUACAAUGAUACAAUUCAACGUUGGAGCAUCGUGUAUAUAUAACUGCAGAGCCAACUCUGGUUUUGCUCAGAACAAACCAUUAAUAGAAAAGAAAAAAGCUUCCACUUGAUCUCCUUAUUCAUCCUAUUCUUCUUUGAUCGAAGGCUUGAAGCUUGUUUACAUUUUACGAAGAUGAGUGUAGAAAUUUUGGAUGGUGCAACCGUUCGCAGCUUUGUGGAGGACGAGCAAGCUUUUGAAGACUGUGUUUACGAUCGAUUCACUCAGCUCGACAACAACCGGGACGGCUGCCUCUCGUAUGCAGAAAUGGUGAAGGAACUUCAGAACUUGAGGAUACUCGAAAUCCACUUUGGCGUAGACGUCAAGAUGGAUCCCAACGAGCUGGCGAUCACGUAUCGCUCCCUUUUCCAUCAAUUUGAUCGCGACUCCAAUGGGUCUGUGAACUUGGAGGAGUUCAGAGCCGAAAUCAAACAAAUGAUGCUCGCCAUGGCCAAUGGGUUAGGGUUCCUGCCUGUUCAGAUGGUCUUAGAAGAGGGCAGCUUCUUGAAGAAAGCGGUAGAUCGAGAGUCUUUCAAUGCAUCCGCCUAAUCUGUGUUCUCCUCUGUUUUCCCUUGAAAAGUCUACGGUACCUGAAACCUUCUUGUUUUAUCUCUUUCCAAUUUCCAUUGGCUUCAUUUAAUCCACAAUAGUGGAGUAAUUGUAAGCAACAUUAUGCCUAUAAAGGAAAUUUCAGUUAGAUUAUUACCAAACACCACCCAGGAAAAGGAGGAAAUUGGUUAUUAAUUCUCAUUAUUGUUGGAAUUCUUCAAAAGAUUUCAUGAAUUCAGAAUUCUGAUUUAUGGGUCUAUACAAACAUACAGUGGAUGAGUGAAAAAUA